AUGAAUAAGCCGAAAGGCGAAUGGAAUGGAGGGAGGAAAGGGGGGCUUUUCCUAACCUGUGCAGACAUAAACAAACAUGAGAUGAGGAAAAUAAUAGUCAUUAGUGAUAGAAAGACACAGAGAAGGGCACUCAUAAAAAAACUGAAUAUCCAUUUUAGAAGCAAAGACGAAAUAGCCAAAAAGGGAAAGAGCAAAAAGGCUAAAUUCUCUAUUGAUGACUUCCUACCAGUUGGUUUAAAUGAUGAAGUGGUGGAGGCGAAGAGGUUUGAGCAAGGCAACGUUGUAAGUUUGGAAGGGGAGCAUUCCCCGUAUGGUGUUCAAAAUGGGGUCACAUCGGACAGUAUUAUAAGCGAGUGUGACUCCUGCGAUGUGUACAGUACAAACAUGAUGAGAAGAAAAAAAAUGAAAAAAAUUGUAAACGAUCUUUUCUAUAACACCUUGACGUAUUGUAUUAGUAGAGACUUGUCUGUCGUGGAGAUAUCAACCUACCUAUCAAUUAUGAAGCACAUUUUUUUUAAAUUAGUAAAUGGGGGGGGAGCCCAUGUUGUGGACCUUUUUGCAGAAUUCAAAAAGGUCAUGUUACGUCAUUCAAUUAACAGGUCGCCAAGUUGCGUCAAAAUAUUUUCCUACUCCUCUCUAAAACUGUUAAUGAAGUACGCCUUAAAUACUUUUUUCCGAAAUUUUUUUUUUUAUAAAUUUAUUUUUGUCCCAAUUUAUGAUAUACAUUUUGACGGUGGGGUUGACCAUUUGGGGAAGUUUGAAAUGGAUGAUGAGAUUGGCUUCGACGAAGAUGCCACAGUCUGCAGUUUGGACACUCCCUCUGGGGGGGACUACGUCAGGAGAUUGCUAAACUUGCAUGUUGGCGAAAUAAACAACUUGCCAGUCGGAAAAAGCUCCGAAGAUGCGUUCACAAGAGAGGUGGAAGACGUUUUCAACAAAUUCGAAAUACAGAAGGAGCCAAUCACCUUCGAAACGAAUAAGUGUAAAGAAAAUAAAAAUUUAAAAAAGUUGUGCAAGCGAGUGGAAAGCUCCGGUCAGGUAGACGUGGGAGGGAAGAAGGGCCAAGAAAAAUGGAGUUCAUCUGAGGAGUACUUGAUCGGAAAGAUGGAUAAUUUGUACCGCGACUUGGAGGCUCGAAUAGUGAAGCGAUUGGACUCCCAUUUGGGAUAA